CGGUAAAGUUUCAUCUGUAGCGUAUGACAAGUUAAAAAAACUUGCCCAAAUUCAAACAAAUAGUGGUCCUAAAAUGGACUCAAAAGUGACUAUUAUUUCAAUAAAUCAAGAAGUAUUAAUAUGGGAGAACGGGAGAUAUGAUAUUGCGAGUAAAAGAAAGAAUGACUUAUCAAAGCUAGAAUAUUGCUCAAAGGUGUUACUCGUCAGCGCAUAUCUGCCUUACCAAGCGUGGCAUAUCUGGAUAUUCAUAGCAUCCUAUAUGUUCGAAAACACAAUAUGCAUGCUUGGUUUAACAAAUAUUAUAAUUCCACGAACUGUUGAUGCUUUCUCAAAAUGCGUUGAAGCAGUUUGUAAAGUGUUAUCAUGGAAG